AUGGCGACGUUGCAUAUUGAUUACACAGCUCUUGAUGGGCAGGUAGCUGCCUAUAUGGACGAUGGACAGUAUUUGGUGACUUCCCCGAAUACGUUUGUUGUGUACAAACCGUUUCUCGGACCAAGAGAAAUAUAUUUUCGCAAGGAUUACCACUUUGGCCCAGACAAUCUGCUACUCUAUCCACAACCUUUCAUACCUUUACGAUGUCAUUGGGCUUCCAUCCCUCGUCGACCCACCGUCAAGGACAAUCGUUUGCACAAGUGGUGGGAUGAGCCCCCGGAAUGGACUUUCAUUCAGGACACCGAUAGUGCAAUUCAAGGCAUGGGACUAUUUGCGUCAACUUAUGUCGAGGAUUUUGCAAAGGAUUAUCAGAUUCUUCAUGCACGGGUCUUUCGCUACUCAUCGCUGCUGAAAACCGAAGGAAAAGCUGCCAAUUCUCUCGUACUGGCGCUCGAUCGCCAGUUGCUCCAAACUCUUCGCCAUAUUAAAACAGUUUCUCUCCCUCUCCAUCUUGCUCGCCAACUAUGGUCGUUUUUUCAGCGAUGGUACCUCGAAUUGGUGGGUGCGUUAGAUUGGGUGGAAGUGUACAAACCAGUGAUGGACGGUCAGAAGUCAAAGUCCGAUUUCAUCUCAAUACAAGCAUCGGCGGCUAUGGGGGCCUUUGCCUAUUCAAUUGCCGAUUGCGAAUUUCUCUUUUGCGCUGGCCUUCCGUUCUGGUAUGUGUGGUCCGCCGAACACCGUGCUACCAAGCGCGUGGACUCGAUGGUUGAUCUAACUACCCCCGAAUCAAUCGGAAUUUGCCUGGAUGACUUGACCUCCCAUCCUCGGCAAGUUAUUUAUGAAGGUCCCAGUACAGAUCUCCAAAAGGCGGUCUCCGUCGAGAAGUUUGGCAUGACCAUUGUCGACGCUGGUAGCAACCCGUUUGCCGUUCCGUGUGCUGUCGUUAUCCCUGCUCCGUCUCAACCCAUUUCGUCUCAACUUGAAGUCGGACCAUCCAGAACCAGCAGCAAGCGUUCACGUCAGGACCCCUAUAAAAAAAGUAAACCCAAGUCAAACCCGAAGCCACAAGCAGAACGUGAUAAAUUUGCAGAGAUAUGUGGUCCUUCAUCGCCAGACAUUCCAGAUGUCUGGGUUGAAGCCCUUGGCGCAAUUGAUAAAACUCGGAGGCCGAAGAAAUCAGAUGUAGCCAACGGGGGUUAUGCGUUUCCAGAUCCAGGCAUGGUUUUAUUUGCGCCUCAGGAAAAACAGCACCGCCUGCUGCGAUCGUGGCUACAGUUUCGUUCCAUACUAAUAUUCCGCCAUACGAUGAAGCCUUGUCCAGCAUCCAGUGCAUGGUCUCCCCGGCAAUGGCAACUUCUCCUUGCGAUGACCGACGAACAUCCUUCCAAAGCGGGAUCGUACGUGGCACAGGAGCGGUCGGUAGUUCAAGAUCUAUUGGGCCAGUGUUUGAAAAAUUAUGGGUUGACACACGUGAAGGUUGAACCGCAUCACAUCACUUGGCGAAACCAUCGACACUCGAUUGACUUCCUCUCAAACCCAAAAAAUAUUAAGGAGAUCAUUUGGGAGGUGUACGAGUUGAAUUUUCGUUUCGAACUUCGUGCCUUAGAUUCGAAACUACGUGGAACGAUCGACAUGCCAUCUGAAGUCGACCAGGGAGAUUUCUUCAGGUCAGAAGUGAAAGAAUGCUUCCCGGAUGCAACAUCGGUUGGCCACCAAAGCUGUGUAGAUUUCAAUACCGCAGAUUGUGGUCUAGCUGCUCGCGAGCUCAAGGACCGUGCCGUCUAUUUCCUGAAAUUUUGUAAGCUCCUCAAAUCUUGGCCUGGAGGAUCAAGGGCAGAGAAGAUCUUGAGCGGGAGAAGGGAAGCAGGAGAUUUCUCGGAAUUUGAACUAGAAGAGAUGGAACGUUGGGCUACCAGGUUUUACUGUCAAACAUUUUAUGAAAAUUUCGGUCGUCCUCCCGUUCUACCUCACGCUUUGUACACAAAUCUGUGA